AUGCACCCUGCACCUCCCACAGCAUCUGGCUCCGACGAUCCACGCGUAUACCUAGACCGCCUUUCGGGUAACUGGCGCUACGAGGAUGACGAUGGCGACGAGUGGGAAUGGCAGACGUUCGUGAAGCAUUCUCGACCCGCCGUCGAUUUGGGCGAGACCGAAGAAGAUGCGCCAACUGCAAGCACCUCCUCGACCGAAACAAAUCCGCUACCAGCCGGUCACUGGGUCAAAGUCUUGGACGAUGACAUGAUUCGCGCACAGCAAGCGGCCUACUCGAUCGAGGGUGUCGACGAAUCACAACCCGCACAAGCCGUUCUCCGCCGCGGCAAGAAACGCCCCGCAUCGCCGCCCACCGCCACCUCCGCCGGCCCUGCAUCAUCUUCAGAAUCAACAUCAAAAGACAAGCUACCACCGUCCAAAAAACCCAAGCCAAUCACAUCGCUCUAUGUCACCGGUCUUCCGCUCGAUGCUACCGCCGAAGAGAUCGCUCGCGUCUUCUCGCGCUACGGCGUACUGCUCGAAGACGACCAAGGCCAACCGAGGAUCAAGAUGUACCACGACGACAGGACGAGCAUGUUCAGAGGUGAGGCCCUGGUGGUGUACUUCAAGCCGGAAAGCGUCGACUUGGCGAUUAGUAUGUUGGACGAGACGAGCAUGCGUGCUGCCAUCGGUCAGUCGGCUUCUGGCGGCGCGCCUGUAAUGAGGGUUCAACGUGCGUCGUUCCCUACACCCAGCAACGAUGCAUCUGGAAGCAAAGCAGGAGGGGCCGCGUCAGGGGACAAAGCCAACGGAACGACGCAAGCAAGCGAUUCCAAAGACGCCCCUUCAUCAAGUCGACGCAACCUGACGGAUCAAGACAGCAAGAAGAUCGCCAAGCGAGUCGCACGUCUCGAGACAAAGCUCUCCGAUUGGCGUGACGACUCCCCCUCUCCUCCGGCCUCGGAUACCGAGCCCGCCUUGCUCCCCGCCAGCACCAGCCACAGCGCCAGCACUGCCGCGGGAGGUCGCACAGUCGUCCUCACCAAGAUGUUCACCCUGCACGAGCUCGACUCGGACCCCACGCUGCUGCUCGACCUCAAACAAGACGUGCGCGAAGAAUGCACCGACACGGUCGGCGGCGUCACCAACGUCGUGCUGUGGGACAAGGAGCCCGAAGGCAUCAUGACGGUCAAGUUCCAGACGCACGAACAGGCCGCCGCCUGUGUGCGCAUGAUGAAGGGCCGCUUCUUCGCCCAGCGCCGCAUCGACGCUUGGAUCCUCCCCGGCAAACCGCGCUUCCGCAAGAGCGCCAACGUCGACAGCGACGACGAAGACGCCCCACCCGAUAAUGGCCUCGACGAUAAGCGCAGGAAGGACGCCUUCGGAAGCUGGCUCGAGCGCUCUGCUUGA